AUGGACAGCGCGGCGGCCGGCGCCGCCUUCGCCCCGGACAAGCCGGCGCUGGGCCCGGGGCCGCCGCCGCCGCCGCCGCCGCCGCCGCCAGCGCUGGGGCCCGGCGACUGCGCCCAGGCGCGCAAGAACUUCACGGUCAGCCACCUCCUGGACCUGGAGGAGGUGGCGGCGGCCGGGCGGCUGGCGGCGCGCCCCGCGGCCAGGGCAGAGGCGCGGGAGGGCGCGGCGCGCGAGCCGUCCGGGGGCAGCAGCGGCAGCGAGGCGGCGCCGCAGGACGGUGAGUGUCCCAGCCCCGGGCGCGGCGGCGCCGCCAAGCGGAAGAAGAAGCAGCGGCGGAACCGCACCACGUUCAACAGCAGCCAGCUGCAGGCGCUGGAGCGCGUGUUCGAGCGCACGCACUACCCCGACGCCUUCGUGCGGGAGGAGCUAGCCCGGCGCGUCAACCUCAGCGAGGCGCGUGUCCAGGUCUGGUUUCAGAACCGCCGGGCCAAGUUCCGCCGAAACGAGCGGGCUAUGCUGGCCAACCGCUCAGCCUCGCUGCUCAAGUCCUACAGCCAGGAAGCCGCCAUCGAGCAGCCCGUGGCUCCCCGGCCCACUGCCCUGAGCCCCGAUUAUCUCUCCUGGACGGCCUCAUCCCCCUACAGCACGGUGCCGCCAUACAGCCCGGGGGGCUCAGGCCCUGCGGCCCCGGGAGUCAACAUGGCCAACAGCAUCGCCAGCCUCCGUCUCAAGGCCAAGGAGUUCAGCCUGCAUCAUAGCCAGGUGCCCACGGUGAACUGACAGCCAGCCCCACCAGGACCCCGCCGCCUCCCUGGUCACACGACGGCAGAAAAGAGGGCAGACAUGCAGGAAGGGGACCUUCUCCUGUCCCCUGUCUCCAGGACAGGCUGGGUGGGCUCUCCUGGCUCCUCUCUUCAGCCCGGACUUCUGGGCCCGAGCGGCUGCUGAAAUGCCCAGAGCCUGGUUCAGCCCCUCAUCCAUGGCCG